GUUUCAUCCCUCCAGAGGCGCUGCAGCUUGCAUCAAGUCGCGAUGGAGGAGCACUUUUGGGUCCCCAUACAGUUUUAUCUGUGCCAGGAGUUUUGCUGGAUGGCGACGUGUCUCAUACUACUGGAGAGGAUCUAGAUGUUCAAGUUGUGGAUGCAAGUUUGGCCGUUCUGGAUGGCCCUUCUCACGUGCCAGAUGGAGGGGUCGAGGAGGAUGCGGCAAUCAUAGCUUUUUCUACAGAGCUACAAGUUGUGCCAGACCCAGCCACGCUCCUGAGGUUUGCAAAGGAGUGGCUGGCGGUAGCAGGGCCAGGCAGAUCAGUGUUUUACUCUGCGGUAGAGGAGUUCGACCAAGCGGAUCCUCUCAAUGCGGCCCCAAAGGAGGGCAAGGCCAGGGCCCCAAAGGCAAAGGCAGCAGAAAAGGCAAAAAGGGCGUCAGCUCAACAGGUUGCGGAGCAGCUCCAACAUUUGUCUAAGAUGAUGCCCAUCAUCACGACCGCUCUGAGUUCAAUUCAAGAGGAGCAGAAGCGGCUUCAACAGGUUGUGGAGGGCGCAGCAAUGGACUGCCUUGGGCCCUCCGCCUCCAAAGACUUGGCACAGAUGCCAGCUGCAGUGAUGAACCUAGAUGUGGCGGGACAGGAAGAAGGUCAGCAGGUGGAGGAGGAAGAGGCUUUGGGGAGAGGAGACAGCCUUACUUUGGCAGUCUUGGAACAGAGCAGGGCCCUCACCAGCCUUGUGACAUAUAUUCAGGCAGGAGGAGACCCACUGUUGGACCAUCACUUGACAGGAGUGUCUUCCUCUACGAAGGGGGCUCAAGGCCGCGAGAAGCUUCAGCAGGAGCUAGCAGCGCGCAGUGGAGGUUUUUGUCUCGCUGUUGCCCAGAAUGCGUUCAAGAGGCUGAGACCGGCAUCCAGAGUUCCCAACACCAUGGAAGAGAUCUCCGCAACAGAUUUUUCAAUGCUGACUUACCUGGAGCGUUUUGGAGGCUACGGGAACUCCAGAGAUCUGGGACUGAUGCAGUGUUUUGUUUUGGACUGUGCCAUCAGGGGAGAUCUAGAAGGGGUCAGAGAGCAUGCGGCUCUGAUGGCAGUGGGCUUGGAACAAGCAGCUCAAGACCAAGGGCGGUCCUUGUAUUUGGCCAUUGCGGCCUUGAACUUCAUGCACUUUCAAUGCCCCUUGAAGGUGAUUUCUGGUCUCUGGAGGUGUCCAGGUCCCUUGCAUGCGGCAGUGCAUGCCAGGUUGAUCGCGCUGAUCAAGGCGAGUGGCCCUGCUGGGAAGUUUUCUUUUCUCAGUUGCGGUCGCAAAGCUCACCAAUUAGAUGCAAGGUUGAAGGAGCUUCAUGAGGCCUUACAAAGUUUGGGUUUUGAUGAGGGCUCUUUUUACAAAAGGCAACAUGAAGGAGCUGAGGUGAAGCCCAGGAAUGACAAAGAUGAGCUGAGGCCGUAUAGGCCACUGGACGCGUCGCGCCUGAAGUUGUCAGGCAAGGGCAGCUGGGACUGCGGCGAGCACCUUUCAGACUUGCUAUAUAUGCCCUUUGUCGAACCACGGUCAAACCAAUACGAUGUGGUUCCUCCAGCAGCAGUUUUGCCAGACAUGAGCAAGGUGUCGGCUGAGGAGACAUUGAGGCUUUGCAAAGUUUGGGAUGCACAGGGUUUGUUGCGACUUUUUCCUUGUGCAUUAGGGCCCAUGCAUAGUUGGUGCUAUACCAAGGUGUUCAACAACUUCAAAUCAGCUCAGGUGGACAGGCAGAUUGGUGACAGGACGAACGUUGUGCUGCCCCAUCUCGCAUUAGAAAAUCUGAAGGGCACUCGGGCACUUGCAGUUUUUGAUGAGCAAUUUUUGCAUGAGAGUAGAGUCAAGCGGCGAGAGGAGGUUGGUGAUUUUUUGCAUAAGCCUGCCCCGCUUCUGGUCCCCUUUCAAGAUGAUACAGUCGUUUGUGCCUUUGCAGCGCUGUUUCAAGGUGAUCACUUAGGGGUUGAGUUCGCCACAGAAGCUCACUCAAGGAUGCUGCAGAGCUAUGGACUGCUCGAUGAGGACAGUCGCCUUCAAAGCUCAAAGCCGCUUCUUUGGGACCAGUGCGUGUCAGGGCUUGUGAUUGACGAUUUCUUUGUGGUGUCAAAGGAGCAGAUCAAUCCAGGGAGCUCCUAUCUUGAGUCACGAUCUGUUGAACACUUCAGGGUUGCAAAAGCAGCGUAUCAGCAGGAAGGGUUGCAAGGGUCUGACGACAAGGAUGUCAUCGGGCAGACACAGUUUACGGUUUGUGGUGGUGAGGUCUGCAGCUCUGAGGCGACCGUCCGAAGAGGGGCGGUCACCAUUGCAGCCCCAUUUGAGAAAAGGAUGGCCUUAGCUAUGAUGACAGCCUCAGCCUCCGCGCUUCCUGCAACUUCAGAUGCGCUGCUAUCAUGCCUUGUUGGUUCAUGGAUAUCAGUUGCUCUUUUGAGACGGCCUUCUAUGUCCAUUUUGGAUGAGGUGUUCAAAGUUAUCCCACCUGGCCAGCUUGAUCCUCAGUGUCCAGUGGUACGGUUUUUCCCUCGUGCAGCAGCCUCAGAGCUUCAGCAACUUGCAUGCCUAGCCCCGGUGCUGUGCAGCAAUCUUGCAGUGCCAUUUGCCACAGACGUUUUCGCAACAGAUGCGUCAAUGGCAAAAGGGGGAAUUGUGAGGAGUGAGGUGACUUCAGAGGAGGCAGCUAUCCUCUGGAGGACUGCAAUGAAAGCAAAAUCAUCAUCGCCUGUGAUCUCGAGAACCCAAGCGAUGCUCUCCAUGUACGACCCAAUGUUUGAAGAGAAUGCUGAGGGGAAGGCAGGUCAGUAUGAGGGCGCGGGAUUUCUGGAGGAGGAUUUUGCCGAGAAUGAUGGAAGUGCUGCCCAGAAUGCAGUCCCUAGACCCCUUGGGCUGCGUUAUGAGUUCAUUGAGAUCUGUGGGGGUGCUGCAGUUGUUACAAAGGAGUUGAUCAAGCUUGGAGUCGUUUGUGGUCCUGUGAUUGAUGUAUCAAUUUCGAGGCAGUUUGAUUUGAGGAACUACCGAGUCAUUGAGUGGAUCAUAUUUCUUUUGGAAAACAACAGACUGCAGAGCUUUUUGGUAUCACCCCCAUGUACCUCUUUCUCUCCUGCGGCUCAUCCUUGCGUCAGAUCAUACCAAAACCCCAGGGGUUUCAACCAGGAGAACCCCAAAGUGAAGUUUGGAAACCAACUUGCGUUUGCUGCUUUGGCCUUGAUGAUGGUUGCGUUGAGGUUGAGGAUGAAGAAAUGUGGACUGCUUGAACAGCCCAGGAGGAGCAAGAUGCGUUGGCUGAAAGAGUGGAAGAGGCUCUUAGAGCUUGGAGCGAGUGAGACCUACACAGCUUCCUGCAUGUUUGGAUCCAUUCAUCAGAAGGAGUUUGCUCUGCUUGGUGUGCAUAUGCAUGUGGGGCUGCUGAAGAGGAAAUGCAGCCGUGAUCACGAGCAUGUGGUGAUCCAGGGUCAGUACACAAAAGCUUCUGCCACUUGGUCUUGCCCUGGCACUUGCAAUCUUUUUCAAAGACCACAUUCGAGCAUUCGAAAGAGCGAGCAAGAGGCUGAGUGUAGUGCUGUGCGUUUUGGCGAGGGGCAGAUCCUCAGCGGCAUCUUUGCGGGGUCUUCUGAAAAAGGCCUGCGGCACAGCCCAGAGCCCAUCGAUCUUCAUGAAUGGACUUUGGACUUUGACUCAACCUUUGGAUUUCCGGGUGAGGGGCCACAGGGGCUUUGUGUUUGGGUUCUCCUGGUUUCUACCAUUUGUGACCAUGCCAUAGGUGUAGGAGUAGGUGAUGCGAGCCAUGCUGAUGCGGUGCGGCGUGAGAAGCGCACUGGCAUAGUGUUGGAAGAUGGCAGACGUGUGACGGAAGCCACUGCGAACGUGAGGGAUGUCCUUUUUGAGCGUUUUGAGGGUUGGCUACAGACUGAAGGCAUGGCCUUGCAUGAUGUGUUGUUUGCGCAACCCCCUGACCUUGACCUUCUCAACAGAGUGCUGGCCAUCAGAAAAGCUUUGGCCGCUUUCAAGAGCUACUCUGAGGUCUCGUCUUGUCAAGCUGCUGACAAGACUAGACCUGCCGACUGA